AUGAAAGAAAUAGCACAAAGGAAAAAUCUUCAUAAUAGCAUUCAGGUAAAAUGAAAAAACUACUUCAAAUCUUAAACUAUAUCCUAACUACAAUCAUCUAAAUAGUAAAUUCUAAAUCAUAAUGAUCGUAUACCGUAAACUUAAAUACAAAUUUUCCUUUUUGCUAAAUAUUAUUUUUAAAAUUUUCCAUUUAUAUAUAUUUUGGUACAAAGAUAUAUUUUUUGUUAAUAUUUUAAAGUAUUUAAUAUUUCUCUAUAUUUUUCCAUAUAUAUUGCCACGUCGAACCUUCUAAUUCCAACCAAAGUAUCGCUCCCUCUGUUCUUGGCGCCACCUUUCUUCUUGUUCGGUAGCUCAGUGCUAGUUAUAACGUCCUCCGCUUCUCUCUGUUUCAAUUCUUCUCGCACACACUCGUUCUCCAGAAAAGUCAAAGAAACUCAAAACAUCUUUCUUUCUCAUCGUAUCAUAUCUCUUCGUUAGCCUCAAGCUCCUCCCUCCUCCUCUCUUCUUUCUUCCUCUCCAAGAAAACUCUUUACUUCCCAUGUCUUUGUGAGAUGUUUUCGUCUUGCGUUUGUUGCCUCCUGCUACUCCUCUACAUCAUCUACCUCAUCUUCUCCUUCUUCUACUUCUUCACUCAAGUUCCCCAUGUCCUCCGCGCCUAAAUGGAAGAACAACAUCAACGAGGAGUUCUACGACCUCUCAAGAACACUCAUUCACCUAAAGAAGAUGCACCAACGCGCCAAAAGCGAGAACUAUCUUGCUACUACGGCCUAAGGCAAAACCCAAAGAAGACAACCCACAAAUCUUUCGCGUUAGAAUCGUCAGAACCGAGGAAGAAGAUCUUGUUCAGAUGCGGAGAGUGUGGGAAAGGGUUUCGUUACGAGAAGUGUCUCUCGAAUCAUCAAGCGGGGGCGCAUCUAUCGACGGUACAGAGGGUUUGCGAAGAGUCGAUCAAGAGUCUGUGUGGUAGCUUCAGUCUUGUGAGGAAGAAGAAGAGAUCAUCGAGAGUUGUCAGGUACAAGAAGACUUCGUUUACUACGUUUCUUGGAUCGUCUUCUGUUUUUGGUGAGAGUGAUGAGGAGUUAGAAGUGGCGGAGUGUUUGAUUCUAUUGUCUAAGAGUAGUCCUAAGAUUGUAGUAGACAGAGGGAAACUUGUUGGUGAAGCAACGGAUGCUAUUCCUGAAAGGCUUAAUGGUUACUUGAGAGGCAAGAAAGUGAGAAGAGCUGCUGAAUUUGAAUAUGGGUUUUUGAGGGAAGAGAAAAAGCUUCUGGAAGAAGGGGAGAGUAACGAGAUCGAUCAACAGCUUGUUGGUGAAGCAAUGGAGGCUGUUCCUGAAACGAUUCAUGGUUACUUGAGAGGCAAGAAACUGGAAGAAAGGGUUAGUAUACACGAAGCUUCAAAAGAACCAGCUAGUUUCUUGGGAGGCAGUAGCGAGAUCGAUCAACAGGAACAGAGAAGAGCUUGUGGAUUUGACUCUGUGAUGAUUAGUGGUUACGAAACAUGGAAAGAGGCAGCGAGUUUCUUGGGACACAAGUUUGAGCUUGGAAUAGGAGCUUUGGAGUGUUCUGAUUCAGAUGAUGAGAUUGUUACUGAAUCAUCUGGUAAAGGCAAUGCUGAGCACCAAUGCAGGCUGUGCAGCAAGGUGUUCUCGUCUUACCAAGCUCUUGGUGGUCACCAGACGUCUCACAGGAUGAGCAAAAGCAAGAGCAAGAAGAGCUGCCGAGAGGAAUCAGUAGAGCUUGAUGAUGAUGCAGCGCAAGUGUAGCAAUCUGCUCAAGGAAGGUUCAUGCUUUAGGUUGUCACAGUAAGUACAACACUCUAAAACAGAGCAUGAUGAGGUUAUGCUAAAACUCUGUUUUGAAGUUGUGAAGAGUUAGGUAGUCAAAUUUUUACUCUGUUUUUUAGAUGAGAAAAAAAAAAAAGACAUUUACUUUGAGUUUUAUAAAUUUCUGGUAAAGUUUGAAUCUUUUACAUUCUGAAUCGAAGUUGUACAUAAUGCGAUAAGUCAAGAUCGAGACUUUUUGCUCUGUUUUUGUAACAGAGUUUUUCCUCUGUUUUUCCGAGGAAACUGUUAUGUUCUUUGUUUCAUUAACUCGUAUUUGAUUCUUCCGGUUCGAGUCAAUUUUUGUGGAUUUGAAAAUUUGAAAAGUCUUAAUGGAAUGUGUCGGUUGGGUCUAUGGUAUUCAACAAAACUUUUGAGCAUAUAAAUGAAAUUAAAUAACUACUUUUUUUUUCUUAAUAUGGUAAACGAAAACGACAAAGAGAAUUGUACGUCAUUCUUGUAAUUAAUUUGAAAAAGUCCAUGUGGUGAAAUUGGACCUACCAGGUGAAAAAUAACAUCAAAUCAUUAUGUGUAAUUCACUCAGUUUUCACGUGGACGACGCCAGUUUACUGUGCUCUGGUUUCUUUUCUAGAAGUAUAAAAUAAAGAUUAGCUUCUAAAUGUUAAGAAAUUUUACAAAUUAAGACUUUUA